AUGUUCCAGAGCCAUUUCCACCUGUACCGGGAAUGGUUGCAUGCCGACCACGAAUACCAGAACCCACCUCCCGCCCCGCCACAGUCUGACAGUAAUGUGCUCUACUUCUUUGAGUGCCUUGAGCCAGGGUUCUGGAACCAGGUCAUGGUUUCCUCCCCUGGUCAAGGUGCAAAGAUUCCUCCCGUCAAACAUGCCGAUCUGCUUGUGCUGGACCAGCAGGGGCAGAUGUGGCCACCAGGGACGAAUGCGCUGCGCAGCGGCACUGAAGUUUGUAUCACCUCGAAGACAGAUUUCAUCCCUAUCGACGCCUCGUCUGCCGUUUUUUCAUACAGGAAGUUUCCACCGCCACCGCCUCCGCAUAUCGCUCACAAGUUGUACUCUGCACCGGCAUACACACGCUGCACGAUUGAGGAUCGAACCACAGUCAGCCAACAGGGCAGGCUCACUGCAGUACCCGGUAAUAUGGGGCAGACCAGAUAUGUUCUACACACCACGCUGAAGAUCCCGUGCAUGAUCCGGCGUCCCUACUGGGGCGCCAAGUCCCGGAGCUGGUUUGAGCCAGUGCCUGCGGACUUCGCGGAGGACCUGGCUCGAAAGGCCUCCCGGCUUCCCGAGCCCUCGGAAUAUCGAUGGAACAUCCAACGCCGCUGA